AUGGUCCUUCGGCAUCACCCAUUUAGCAGCAGCACUAUUGGCAAAAAAGCUAGAAAAAAACUUGAUGAAAAUCUGCAAGAAAUGAUAAACAAUGUGAUGAAUAAAAAUGACCGUUUUCAAUUUAUAAACGCACUCAAUACCAAAACAUAUCAUUCUUGCGAAUCAUUCAUGCAGCAUGCACGUACAACUUUCAGUGAGUUAAAGUUGCGGCCUCAACUAAACAUGCGGCAUGCACGUACAACAUUCACUGAGUUGAAGUUGCGGCCUUAA